AUGCAGCACGUCCUACAAGCCGGUCUAAGCUCGGGGAUGUCAGCCGUGACUGGCAUUCACAGCGGCAAGCACACCAAACCCAACCCAGUGGACCCUUCAUAUGAUGGGCUUGCCGCCGUAAUGCCAGAGGAUUGGGUCCCAGCUGCUGACGCCAAGGUUGUAUACAAGGGAAAGAACGGUGAUGUCCACGCACCGCCACUAUGCAUCGGCGCAUGGUCGUGGGGUGAUACCUCUACCUGGCACUGGAAGCCUGAGGAAGAGCCCCAUGUAGCUGCAGCCUGGAAGCACUGCCUCAGCAAAGGCGUCAAUUUCAUCGACACCGCCCAAGUCUAUGGUACAGGAAUGAGCGAAACCAUCUGUGGGAGACUAGUCCAGGGCCUUCCCAGAGACAGCUUCGUCAUGCAAGACAAAUUCUUCGUCGUACCACAAGCGAAAGAUGUCCUUCAUCCUACAAUGGCACCACUGAAGAAGCUCGAAACCUCACUUAAGAACUUCGGCCUUGAUUACAUCGACAUCUACCUUGUCCAUGGGCCCAUCCAUCUCCAGACCAUCUCCAUGAUCGCCAAAGGCAUGGCAGAAUGCGUAGAAAAGGGCAUGACCAAGACCGUUGGCGUAGCAAACUACAGCCUCGCAGACAUGAUCAAGAUGUCAGACGAACUAGCCAAGUAUGGCGUUCCCCUUGCCAUCAAUCAAGUCGAAUUCUCUGUCCUCCGCCGAGAACCGGAACUCUCUGGUCUCCUUCAGGCUUGCAAAGAACGCGGUAUCGUCCUGCAGUCAUACUCGUCGCUUGCCCAAGGUCGUCUUACGGGUAAAUACACGGUAGACAACCCGCCGCCAAAGACAUAUCGCUUCUCUAGCUAUGACAUGAAGGAUAUCGAGCCUGUCAAUGCUUUGCUGAAAAAGAUUGCCGAAAAGCGCGGCGUGCCACUGAGUGCUGUGGCGCUGAACUACAAUAUGUGUAAGGGAAUCACACCUGUUGUGGGUGUGAGGAAGGAAGAACAGGCGGUCAGCAAUUGCGCGGCAUUAGGGUGGAGGCUCAGUAACGAGGAAAUUAGGGAGAUUGAUGGGGUUAGCUUCCAAGGUCAUACUACGGCUUUGUGGCAGCAGGGUUAA